UGGAAAUGUCAGUCGCCCUUAUUUUCGUGCAAAAUUUUAUGUUACGCACAAUGGUGAUCGGCAGUUUUCCAGUUGGCAAGCUUUUCAUUCAUGGCGUGAAACGGAUUAGCAAGCCAUUCGGAGACCUUCUCAUAUGGAUGGGCAAGCAUCAUCCCUUCAUCCGGCGCUAUGUCAUCAUUCCGCCGGCCCAGCUUUACAACACCUUUGAGGUCCGUUCCAAGCUCCGUAUGCUGCGACUGAAACAGCCCAGGCGGAUUCCACGCCUCUCCACUCCGAUCGCCAUCAGAUUGGGCGCUGAUAUGCUGAGCGAGGCCUUUGUGUUUGGCAUUGGCAUGGGUCUCAUCUACUACGAGGUUUUAAAAACAUAUGCAAAAAGUCAGAAACAAAACCAGGAGAUCGAGGAGCAGAAAAGAGCUCUGGAUGAGUGCGUGGACUGUAUCAGUGCGGAUGUGGAGCGGAACCAAAGGGACCUCAACUGGAUUAAGGCAGCCCUGAGAAACGUGGAAAAAUAAGGAUUUCUUUUGUAUAUAAUUUUAUAUCGACUGUACGAAAUCGGUUACAAAUGUGUCGAUUAUUGAUUUAUGUAAUAAAAUAAAUACACACGUAA